AUGAGCACGGCGCGAGAGAUAUUAUUCGUUGGUGUUUGCGCUGUAUCCCAUCUCAUGACCCAGGCCGCUUUGGGUCAAGCUCUUGCUCCGAUCGACAUCAUAGCCAAAGACUUUGGGAAUGUCAACCCUGGCCAAAUGUCCUGGUUCAUUGCCGCGUACAGUCUUACGGUUGGCACAUUUAUAAUGAUAUCGGGUCGACUUGGAGAUAUAUUUGGCCACAAGCGAAUUUUUACCUUUGGUUAUGCUUGGCUUGGGAUGUGGAGCUGUUUUGCUGGCUUCAGUGUUUAUCCAGGUCGUCACAUCUUCUUCGACUUUUGUAGAGCGAUGCAGGGGAUCGGGCCAGCUCUUUUAAUGCCAAACGCUCUGGCUCUUUUUGGACGGGCCUAUCCACCUGGAAUUCGCAAGAACAUCGUCUUCAGCAUAUUUGGCGCACUGGCUCCCGCUGGCUUUGUCAUCGGUGCAACGUGUGGAAGUCUUUUCGCACAGUUGGCCUGGUGGCCGUGGGCAUUCUGGUCUUAUGGGCUUACUGCAUUUGCCCUUUGCGCACUCUCCCUGCUUGUCAUUCCCAAGGCACUUGCGGAAAGGCCUUCAGGCCCUCGACCAAGCUUUGAUUGGACGGGAUCUAUCUUGGCCGUUGCUGGGCUUGUGCUCGUCAAUGUUGCUUUCAACAACGCGCCGCUCUAUGGGUGGAAAACUCAGCACGUGUACUUCGUACUCAUCAUGGGGCUGAUGUGUUUGGGUGCAUUUGUAUGGGUUGAACUCAAAGCUGUUAACCCUCUCCUUCCAAUGCAUGCCGUCAAUAGCACAGUUGGCUUCGUUCUCGCCUUGGUUGGAGUGGGCUGGGGUGCAUUCGGCAUCUGGGUCUUUUACACGGUCCGAUUCCUGGAGCUCAUCCGAGGCGCAACACCUCUCUCAGUCUCUGCGCAGUACGUUCCUGCCGUCUUCUCCGGUCUCAUUGCCUCUGGAAUGACGGGUUUCAUGCUCACGCAUACACCGGUCAGCUUCGUAAUGAUGAUCUCCAUGGUCGCUUUCUGCGCUGGCAUUGUCAUCUCCUGUUUUCAGCCCGCACACCAAAUAUACUGGGCUCAAACUUUCAUCGGCAUCAUCAUCAUGCCGUUUGGAAUGGACAUGUCCUUCCCGGCUGCCACGGUCAUUCUCUCAGAUCACAUGCCUCGGGAACACCAAGGGUUAGCAGCCUCGCUUGUUAACACUGUCGUAAACUACUCAAUCUCCAUUGCUCUUGGUAUCGCGGGUACGGUUGAAGUGUAUGCACCGAACAAUCAUGACCCAUUCCAGGCGAAUCGCAACGCUUUUUACUCUGCCAUUGGGCUGUCUGGGUUGGGUGUCGUACUUGGCUUGAUGUUUUUUAUUAAGUCGAUGAUUAAAGAAGGCUGGGUGGUGCUGGAGCACUAA